AAGCAGAAAAAUUCAUCAAAUACACUGUCCAAAUACAUCAGCACUUCUUAUAUUUGCAGCCAUGGGAUUCUUGAAAAUCCUUUUUGUUUUCAUCUUUUGUUCAUUCCCAUGGCCUACUAUUCAGAGUAAUCUCGAGACUUAUAUCGUCCAUGUUGAAUCCCCUGAAAGCCUAAUUACUGCUCAAUCAUCGUUAAUGGAUUUAGAUAGCUAUUACCUUUCUUUUUUGCCUAAAACUACUACCGCAAUUAGCUCUAGUGGAAAUGAAGAGGCUGCUACAAUGAUCUAUUCUUAUCACAAUGUGAUGACAGGGUUUGCAGCAAGAUUAACUGCAGAACAAGUGAAGGAAAUGGAGAAAAAACACGGCUUUGUCUCUGCUCAGAAACAGAGGAUUUUGUCUUUGCACACUACUCAUACUCCAAGUUUUCUUGGUUUGCAGCAGAACAUGGGCUUGUGGAAAGAUUCCAAUUUUGGAGAAGGCGUGAUCAUCGGAGUUCUAGACACUGGAAUUCUUCCUGAUCAUCCUUCAUUUAGCGAUGUUGGGAUGCCUCCCCCGCCUGCUAAGUGGAAAGGAGUUUGUGAGCCCAAUUUCACCAACAAGUGUAACAACAAGCUCAUUGGAGCCAGGUCUUACAAACUUGGCAAUGGUUCCCCGAUAGACGAUGAUGGACAUGGUACACACACAGCAAGCACAGCUGCGGGGGCUUUUGUGAAAGGUGCUAAUGUAUAUGAAAAUGCUAAUGGAACUGCAGUUGGUGUUGCUCCUCUUGCCCAUAUAGCCAUAUAUAAGGUGUGUAACUCUGUUGGUUGUUCUGACAGUGAUAUUUUAGCUGCCAUGGAUUCAGCUAUAGAUGAUGGAGUAGAUAUUCUUUCUAUAUCCAUUGGUGGAUCUCUGAGACCUCUUUAUGAUGAAAGUAUUGCUCUCGGGGCGUACAGUGCAACACAAAGAGGCAUUCUUGUUAGUUGCUCAGCAGGCAAUAAUGGUCCUUCGCCUGCCUCAGUAGAUAACUCAGCCCCUUGGAUUCUUACAGUAGGUGCCAGCACGCUUGAUAGAAAGAUAAAAGCUACUGCUAAGCUCGGAAAUGGAGAGGAAUUUGAAGGAGAAUCUGCUUAUCGUCCAAAGAUUUCCAACUCAACAUUCUUCACUCUAUUUGAUGCUGCAAAAAAUGCAAAAGAUCCAUCUGAAACCCCUUAUUGCAGACGAGGGUCACUCACUGACCCUGCUAUAAGAGGAAAGAUAGUAUUAUGUUUAGCAUUCGGCGGUGUAGCCAAUGUUGAUAAAGGACAAGCUGUGAAGGAUGCUGGAGGUGUUGGCAUGAUUGUCAUCAACCCAUCACAAUAUGGUGUCACUAAAUCAGCUGAUGCUCAUGUUCUUCCAGCAUUGGUUGUUUCAGCUGCAGAUGGAAGCAAAAUUCGUGCCUAUACAAACUCAAUAUCGAACCCUGUUGCUACAAUCACAAUCCAAGGAACAGUAAUUGGAGAUAAAAAUGCUCCAAUAGUUGCUGCAUUUUCUUCUCGCGGACCAAGUAAACCUAAUCCUGGGAUCUUGAAACCUGACAUAAUUGGUCCUGGUGUUAAUAUCCUCGCUGCUUGGCCUACUUCUGUGGAUGACAACAAGGACACCAAAUCCACAUUCAAUAUUAUAUCAGGCACCUCGAUGUCUUGCCCACACCUUAGUGGGGUAGCAGCUCUGCUGAAGAGAACACAUCCUGAUUGGUCUCCUGCUGUUAUUAAGUCUGCAAUGAUGACAACCGCUGACACAUUAAACCUUGCCAGUAGUCCAAUACUCGACCAAAGGCUCCGUCCUGCUGAUAUCUAUGCAAUAGGUGCAGGACAUGUUAAUCCAUCGAGGGCAAAUGAUCCAGGACUAGUUUAUGAUACCCCAUUUGAGGAUUAUGUACCUUAUUUAUGUGGUUUGAACUACACAAAUCCACAGGUAGGUAAAUUGUUACGACGCAGGGUGAAUUGCUCGGAGGUUGAAAGUAUCCCUGAAGCACAAUUAAACUAUCCUUCAUUUUGCAUAUCGAGACUUGGAUCAACUCCUCAGACAUACACCAGAACUGUGACCAAUGUUGGUGAUGCCAAAUCAUCUUACACGGUGCAGAUAGCUUCACCUAAAGGCGUUGUCGUGAAAGUUAAGCCCAGCAAGCUAAAUUUCUCGGAGUUGAACCAGAAGCUAACAUACCAAGUGACAUUUUCCAAGACAAUUAACAGCUCAAUGUCUGGGGUUGUUGAGGGAUUCUUGAAGUGGAAUUCUAACAGGCACUCUGUGAGAAGUCCAAUUGCAGUUGUGUUGGCAUUGGCUAAGUAAGUGCACAAAGUAUUCAAACAUUUGAAAAUGCUGUUUGAUUACACAAUAAACGUUCUGUUACUUUUUUCAUUGUUAAAACAAUAAACUUUAUGUUCACAGCUGAUUGAAGAAAGCAAAAGCAUAUCCUCUUUGAUAUUA